GCCUCCCUGCGCCCCCCAGGCUGGUAGCGCGGGACCGGAGGGGUGCGUAGGGCUGGCUCGGCUGCCCCUGCCCCCGCCCCGGGGCGGAGCUGCGGCCCCAAAUGAGGUACGAUUUCACCUUUGGGUUCGUCUUCCUGGAGCGCCGCUGGAAUUACGGCCGUCCCUAUCCCCGCUCAUGGCUCUGCGGUCCGCCGGAGGUCCCCGCUCCCAGCCCCGACGUGGAACGGCCGCAUUCCCCCUGUGAAAUGAGGGGAGCGGGAUCUCCGCGCGGGCGGCGGGAGCCGCUGUUACGCCUGUCGGAGUUGAGCACGGAGGGAGGUGAAACAGCCACCUGAACGCGGAGAAACGCCCGAACCGACAACAAGUAGUCUCGAGUAGUCUCGCCUGGGAGGGCGGCACGGAGAGCGGCUGGGGCCGGAGCCUGCCCGGGAGCAGAAGCCGCUGUCGCUCCUCCAGCAAAGGCAGAAGCUCGUUCCCCACGGACCUGCCCGCGACCGGCUGCCCCCCGCCCAGCGACCGGCGCGCCCCCCUCGCAAUCCCCGCCGCCGCCUCCCGCGCUCUCCCCAGUCAUGUCCCACCCGGAGCGAUGGGGAAGCUCGAGGACAACGAGAGGGUGAUCCUCAACGUGGGGGGCACGCGGCACGAGACCUACCGCAGCACCCUGAAGACCCUGCCGGGGACCCGCCUCGCUCUGCUCGCUUGCGAGUCCCAGAGCGAGUCCCCGGGCGGCGAGGAGCCGCCGCCGCCCCCCAACCCGCCGCCGCCUCCGGCGGGCGGCUGCCCGGAGCCCGGCAGCGGCUGCAGCCCCCGGGGCAGCGGCGGCGCCAGCGAGUUUUUCUUCGACCGGCACCCGGGGGUCUUCGCCUAUGUGCUCAACUACUACCGCACCGGCAAGCUGCACUGCCCCGCCGACGUCUGCGGGCCGCUCUUCGAGGAGGAGCUGGCCUUCUGGGGCAUCGACGAGACCGACGUGGAGCCCUGCUGCUGGAUGACCUACCGCCAGCACCGCGACGCCGAGGAGGCCCUCGACAUCUUCGAGGCACCCGACCUGCUGACGGGCGAGCCGCCCCCCGACGGCGACGACGACGACUUGGCCGCCAAGAGACUGGGCAUCGAGGACGUGGGGGCGGCCGCCGAGGGCAAGGGCGGGCGCUGGCGGCGGCUGCAGCCCCGUGUCUGGGCGCUCUUCGAGGACCCUUACUCCUCCCGUGCCGCCAGGUUCAUCGCUUUUGCCUCUUUAUUCUUCAUCUUAGUUUCAAUCACAACCUUCUGCCUGGAAACACACGAAGCUUUCAACACUAUUAUAAACAAAACUGAGCAGGUCAUCAACGGGACAGAAGCUGUGUUACAGUAUGAGAUUGAGACAGAUCCUGCACUGACAUACGUGGAAGGAGUCUGCGUGGUAUGGUUUACAUUUGAAUUUUUAGUACGUGUUAUUUUUUCUCCCAACAAACUUGAAUUCGUCAAAAACCUCUUAAAUAUCAUUGACUUUGUGGCCAUCCUGCCCUUUUACCUAGAAGUGGGCCUGAGUGGGCUCUCCUCCAAAGCUGCUAAGGACGUGCUUGGUUUCCUCAGGGUGGUAAGGUUCGUCAGGAUCCUCCGGAUUUUCAAGCUCACCCGGCACUUUGUGGGCCUCAGGGUGCUGGGCCACACUCUGCGAGCCAGCACCAAUGAAUUUCUGCUGCUGAUAAUAUUCCUGGCUCUUGGUGUUUUGAUAUUUGCCACUAUGAUCUACUACGCAGAGCGGGUGGGAGCCCAGCCUAAUGACCCGUCAGCAAGUGAACACACACAGUUCAAAAACAUCCCUAUCGGCUUCUGGUGGGCUGUAGUCACCAUGACCACCCUGGGAUAUGGGGAUAUGUAUCCACGGACUUGGUCAGGCAUGCUGGUGGGUGCCCUGUGUGCACUGGCGGGAGUGCUCACCAUAGCCAUGCCCGUGCCUGUGAUAGUUAACAAUUUUGGGAUGUACUACUCCCUGGCCAUGGCAAAGCAGAAACUGCCAAGGAAGCGAAAGAAGCACAUCCCUCCUGCUCCUCAAGCCAGCUCACCCACCUUCUGCAAGACAGACUUGAAUAUGGCCUGCAAUAGCACGCAGGGUGACAUCUGCCUGGGCAAGGACAACCAGCUGAUGGAACACAACAGAUCAUCAGUGUUAUCAGGUGAAGACAGUGCAGGAAGUGAGCAGCCACUCUCACCUGGUGAAAGGCUCCCUCCCAUCAGACGUUCUAGUACAAGAGACAAAAACAGAAGAGGGGGAACAUGUUUCCUACUGACAACAGGUGAUUACACGUGUGCUACUGAUGGAGGGAUCAGGAAAGGAUUAUUUAAAAUAUCUCUAAUGCUAAGAGUCUUUGAGGAGGUCAAGAACACCUGGAUAAGGUAGAGUACCAUGGCAUCUCGCAUGAACAGCUUUUUGACUUCACUCAGCAAGUUAUGGUGGUAACCAUGACUAGAGCAGAUCAGAAAUAAUGGAAGAAGUUACCCAUCAGCUACUAAAGACAUAUUUAUAUAACAGUAAAACAUAUUUUUCCCAGAACAUUUUGAUUUGUAAAUCUACAUUUAAAAUAAUUUUUUUUGUGUAGCUUUUGUAGGUUUUAUAGUUUUUACUAGUAAACUGGGGCUUGACUUCAGAAUGGACAGGUUUUUGAUGAGAAAUGUGCUCUUUGCCUGGCUCUGAUGAUAAUCUUAGUUAAGGCUGAAAUGUUUUAGUCACUGGCUUUGGAGUGUAUUUUAUACAGAGUGGGGAAGUUAGCUCAUAAGCAGAAGAUAUCUUCAAAUAAUGUACAAAUGGGUUUGAAUGCUUGAAUGUCAUUCACACAUCAAGUCUACUACUUUCACAUUUUAUUUUUACCCUUUCCUUCUUUUGGUACAUUCUUCUUGUUUGGUUUGUUCCUUGGUUGAUUCUUGGUUAUUCAAUUAUAAUUUAUUCUGAGCUUUUUGCAUCUCCAUCUCCAAGAUGAUACUGAUUCAGACCUGAUCCACUAAUAAUACCUGAAAAGUACUGAUUUUUGGAUCGUGCAUCUCUCACUAUUCAUCUUGUGUACCUGGUUUUCAUUUUUAGGAGUUUCUGCUUUAUUUAUAAUCGUUGCCAUCCUCCUCUCUCAGUUCUUUCCUUUUAUCAUUAGAAGAGUAGCAAGAAAAUAAUCUUAAAAACUACUUUCCUAGUUUCUAUGUGAAAAAGUUACCUGAUUAUUUUGAUUUUUUAAUAAGCUUUAUGUUUACAGGGAGUUUAAAUAUAUACACUAGCAUUGUGCUUCUCUUUAAUUCCCUUUUCAAACAUAAUUCUUUCUAGUCUGUGUAAAUACUGAUAGAAACUCAGAAACUGGAGGCUGUUUAAGAAAUGUAUCAGAAUUCUGUGUAGUAUCACAGUCUAGCCAGCCCUUGCCAUCUGGAGAGAACAUUGCACAAUGUUUUAGCAGACAUAAGGUUAUGCAUUUGCUUUAAGUAUAGUUUUACAGUAUGCAGAUUUCAGGGUAAGAAAUAUGUUAUUUGUCGUAAAGGGAGAGCCUAAGAUACGUUUUUUUCCUAAAGAUGCUAUUAACUGACUGUUAUCUAGAGACCUGGAAUUUGAGCCAGUAACUGUUUCAAUCAGAAAAAAAAUAUAUAUUUGCUCCACCAAUUCCAUGUGGUAUUUAGCUUUACUGUCAUUGGUAUUUUAAGAUUUCUGGGGGGGAAAGUCUCAUUAUUUCCCUAUAAGCAAUUUAGACCUGAAUAUUUUAACCUGACAAAUGCUUAAAUGCAUACUUGUCUUCAAUGAAAUAAGUAGUACCCCUGAAAUCACUGAGACUUCUCCUGCUUGCACCGAAGCAUGUACCCAUGUACUUCAGGAGUGAGGUCCUGCCUGGCUCAAUCUUUGUUGUAUUUCCUUGCUGAUAUCUUCAGGCUCAUGAGCAGAUCUGCUUCCUAACAAAUGGGGUUAUUCAGCAGCUGCUGAAAAUACUUGAAUAUGAAGAUAGUGAUGCAGUGAAUAGCAAUAUUUUUUAGUUGGUUUACAGCAUAGCCUCUACGAAGUGAAAACAAUCCACAGUAGCAAAAAGUGGGUAGCUAGAGCUCACAGUGUACGUGAACAGAAAUAUCUGCAAGUGCAAUGUUCCCUUCAAAUUGUGAAGCAUUAUGUGGUUGCCUCAUUUAAUGAUUAAUAAUUUGCUACUUGCUUAUAUGAAUUAAUACUGUUGAUUUUGUUCAAAUCAUCUGAAAAAGAAGCACAAAUUCAGUGUUUUAAGUUAGCCAUUCAGGAGUCAUUUACAAAUACGUCAAACUCUGCUGUCUAAUUAGACUUCAAAAUUAGAAGCAAAGCUUAAAGGUUAAUAUUUUUGAGGAUAAAGCUUCUUAUAUUAUCAUUCAGUCCUCUGCAAAACUGAUUCACACAUACUGUAUAAAAUUUAUCUGGUUUCUGGUUUAUUUAUUUUAAAGAAAAAAUUGUACUUUAGUAGAAAUUGAAUGUAGCACAGAUUAUGUAAUUCUGACAGUUUCUGUAGUCUGUCUUAAUGGGUUUUUGAUUCUGCUUAGCCAGAUAGCUCAGUCACCCUGGUGGGAUCCCUUAUCUUGCUCUCUGUGCACCCCUGCUGAAGCCCACAGUGGGAUACUAAGUGCAAGAUGGGAUGUGGAGGAGCAGGUCAGACCUCUUGUGUGGUGGUCUGUUUAAUUUUUUUGGGAAAAAGUGGAUGCAUUAAUUUGUAAAUAAUUUUAUUUAUUAGUAUCUUUUGGUAGUAAUGUGUCUCAGCACUGAGUUCUUUUGCAGGCAGAUUCCCUCUGAGUCCCUGAUAGCUCCUUGGAUUACAUUACAUUGUACUGUUUGUCUUUGUCUAUUUUUUGGCUGAAUUCAACUGAUGUCUGUGCAUUUUCUCAUACAAGGCUAUGAAAAAUCUCGAAGCUUAAACAACAUAGCUGGCUUGACAGGCAAUGCUCUGCGACUGUCUCCAGUAACAUCACCCUACAGCUCACCUUGUCCUCUAAGGCGCUCUCGGUCUCCCAUCCCUUCCAUCUUGUAAACCAGAUGGCAUCAAUCGGCUACAUAGUAUUAAAUCAAAUGCUGUUUACCACUUAUUGGAAAUAAAUGUAGCAUUAAGCAUAGGCUCCACAAAUGUGGUCUAACUCCUGCAUGAUACAACUGUCAGUAGUAAGAAAAGCCACUUGGGCACCUGAAGAUUUUUGUCUUGGCUUUUAAAGAUUACUUCAGGUAGCAUUUCUCCUUUUAUCUACUAUAUAUUCCUACUUUCCUGUGGCAAUAAAAGGACAGUUAGUGGAUGCUGUUGUCCAUAUAGUCAAUAAAUAAGCAUAUUUUCAGGGAGAUUUACUUAAAAUAAUGUGCUUCCAAGUAAUUAUCAGUCACUCCAUUGAACCUCCAUUUCUUGUGACUCUAAUCCAUUCUGAAGAUGUCUGCUCUGAGGGGUCUGCUCAUUUGCAUGGACCAUCCUGUCUCCAUCACCUGACAAGCAGUGUUGCGGAUCGUGGAGACCACAGAGGGCUCUGGAUGUGUGUUCUCACAUUGUUACCAUCCUGCUGAAAUGAAAGCACUGAUAAACUAGUCUGCAUGUGGGAUUGUUUUUCUGUGUUUAACCUUUUCCUUUAUUUUUUAACUAUCUACUUGUUUAUAAACGCCUUUAUUUUGCGAUUAACUUAUUUCGGUACUGGAUUGCUGUAUCAGAGUUCUGAAUGUCUCCGGUUGUUUGCACACAGAUAACUGCAAAGAGGUUGUCAUUACUGGUUACACGCAAGCAGAAGCCAGAUCUCUUUCUUAAUGGCUUGGGGAAGGCACAAAACAUGCAAGAAAGGUAAACGCCAUCCAGACUUGCAAUUUUAAGCUAGCAAGUGCUGCUUGGUACUGUAGUAUUUUCUCUACUCCAGGGUUCUUCAACGUUUUCAGAAACUGAGUACCAAGUAAAAUCAAAACAAUGAUCGGGGGCUUUUUUUUACCAUUAUAAGAGGGUAGUAGUUCUGAAGUCGGGUUUUUGACCAGCCUUAUACCUCUGGCUAGUGGGCUUCAAAAAUUUCUUCAGUCAAUGUUUUUUGAGGUGCUUUGUCCUAUAUGUUGUUUGUCUGUCUGUUUUGCAACCUGUCUCCUUGUAUUCUCCAUCUGUCUCCAUAAAGCACAGAGAUACUGUUAAAAUGCCCCCCUCUUUUAAGUUGAACUAAGAACACUUUUUCUCCUUUUCUCUUUUUUUCAUAUGGACUAUACAUCCAUGUAUAGAUAGAAAUAUACAUAUUUUUCAAGUGCAGUUAGUAUCAUCUAGACUAACUCGUGUGCACUCCUAAGAUUUUUGAGCGGCUUUUCAGCACUGACCGGUUGCCUAUUGCAUCAAUCUUCCUCCCAGCAACCAGCAUUCAUUACAAUUUUGAAACUGCAUCUCCCCUAGUGGCUUUUUCAUUCAAUAUUAACCUCUGUUUGUGCAAAAGGACAAAUGCAAUGGCAAAUUUGAGGUUCUGGGCUGGUGAGGAAAAAUUACCCUUAAACUGUAGAGUUUUAGAACUACAUGGGGAAGACCAUAAUGACUGAAAUCUUAAGUGAUCCUUGAAAUUGUUGAAUAAUACCUGACUGUCAUGUUUUACUUUUUUGUUAGGAAAACAAAUUAAAUUUAUUGUUGACCAUGUAACAUGUUCUUCUGUAUAUAGCCAAGCCCAAUAGCAUGACCUGCAUGUCAGAAUUCUUGUACAAUAAUGUAGUUAUCAAAGUAUACAUUUCUGAUAUUUAGAGAUGUACAUUGAUUUACUUUUGGUAAAAUCUUGUCAAUAGAAGAAUAAUUGCAAACAGCUUUUAGCAAAUGAAUUAAUAUAAUAUCUGGUGCUGCUGUUAUAUUAACUACAGUGUUGUACAGAAUUUAUCAUGGAUUUUUGACUGCUGAAAAAGGGACAAUGGAAUUUAGCCAUACCAAGGACUGUACUGGAAAGAGACUGCUGCUGCUGAAUGGGCCCUGAUAAACGACUCACACCUUGAGGAGGUCACUGAGACUUUGCGUGCGAAGCAGAGCUCGUUAAAGAAGAUGAAAGACCGCUCAUAAUUACUGCUGCCAGAGGAAGGGGUGACUAGUCAUUGUUGAUGAGUCAGUGUAAAUAAAACGUGUGUGCAUGGAAAAUCAGUUUUUAUCUAUAUCAAGGAAAGCUGAAUUCAUGUCAUCGUUGCUAAGAUUCCAUGCAAAGACCCCCACCCCUGUGUUUAUUAUUCCUGGUUCCUGCAGUAAGCUGUGCUGUGGAUCAUACAAAGACACACGCUUAAUAAUGAUAGUGAUGUAAACUACAUCUGUCUUGACUUCUGUCAUACUAAUGGCAUAUAUUGCAAAAGUCACAAAUUUGAACAGAGUAGGUUUGCAUAAGUCCUUGCUUUCUCAGUUUGCCAUGACCUAAGUUGUUAUGAAUUGUAGUGUACAUGCCAAGUCCUAAGUUUACUUUUCACUUUGAUAACAAAAACGUGACUGCAGACAAACAUCACUGACUUUGUUCACAGCACACAGUCUUCUUUCAUUGUUACCUCAAACUAUAAGUAUUAUCAGAAAUAAAAUUCUGGCAGCAAGAAUAUUUUGUGGUUUUUUUUAAAUUCAAAGUAUUGCAAACCCAACAUCAAUAAGUAUAAAAAUUGUAUUAAAAUUAUAUUCUACAAAUGUAUAUUUUACAUAAAAUAUAUAUUCUUUGAUAAGUUAUUUUCUGUGAUUUUUGUGGUAAAUGGAUCUAGUCUAUUCUAUGUUUAUGAGACAUUGUAGUGCUACGAUGUGGUAAUUAUGUUCUCUCCAUCCUAUUCAGUGGGAAAUUCUCCAGAAUCUGUUUUGUCACCCUGGUGUCCCGACUGUAGGGACCUGUCCCAGUUGUGAAACUCUGUAUCGUGGAACUUCUGUGAACAUGUCAAGGUGCAUGCACAAUCCUGGUGGAAACCAGUGGAAAUGUAAUACCUGAAUUGGAGAAUAAAAGGCAAAAGACCUGGGGAGGAGCUUGGAACAUA